AAAUUGAAGGAAUGCAAAAUCUGUGGAAGAAGAUUUGCACAAGAACGCCUUCAGAAACAUGAAGGUGCUUGUAAAACAGCUAAUAAAAAACGAAAGAUAUUUGAUCCUGUAAAAAUGAGAUUAGAGGGAACAGAAGCCAAUCAGUUUCAUUGGAAAGCUGAGAAGAAAUCAACCCCAUCCAAGCCUAAGAAAGAUUGGAGAAAACAACAUGAUGAAUUUAGGAAAACUAUACAGCAUGCUAAAAAAGUUGGUGAUAUAGAAAAGAAAGGUGGUGAUAUUCGAACAGUCACUCCACUCCCUCCUGCUGAAAAUCCUGAUUAUAUUCAAUGUCCUCACUGUGAGAGGAGAUUUAAUUCCACUGCUGCAGAGCGUCAUAUUCCUAAAUGUAAAGAUAUAAAGGGUAGACCUCUU